ACAACGAUAUAAAAUUUACAAGUCGAAUUAUUGCAAAGAUCUGGCAACGUUUAUUCUCAAUAAACUCCAUUUUUAGCUGGCAACGUUACUCUGUCAGGUGGUUGUGUGCAUGGCGUAGAGUGAUUUCUCCGUCGUGUGAUCUACGGAUCGACGAUAGUAUCGUUUAGAAGUACAAGUGUAUUUUAUAUUUUAGAGAAUUAAACAUGUGAAGUCUUGUUAAAUCGAAACAAACGAGAAAGAUGAGCGAAAGUAGACCUGAGAAAUCAGUGAAAAUAGAUAAGCAAAAGAGAAUCUUUAAAAUAAUAGUGAUCGGCGAUUCUAAUGUUGGAAAAACUUGUUUAACUUUCAGAUUUUGUGGAGGAAAAUUUCCAAAUAAAACAGAAGCUACCAUUGGAGUAGACUUCAGAGAAAGAUUGUUAGAAGUGGACGGAGAACAAAUUAGAUUGCAGCUAUGGGAUACUGCUGGCCAAGAAAGAUUUCGAAUGAGUAUGGUUCAACAUUAUUAUCGCAAUGUACAUGCUGUAGUAUUUGUGUAUGAUGUUACAAAAAUGUCUUCUUUUGAAAGUCUUCCACAUUGGAUUGAAGAAUGUAACCAUUAUCAAAUGACAUCAGAAAUACCAAGAAUCUUAGUGGGUAAUAAAUGUGACUGUAAAGACAAAAUAGCUGUUAGUACAAAUAUGGCACAGAAAUUUGCUGAUAUGCAUAACAUGCCCUUAUUUGAAACAUCGGCAAAGGAUGAAAGUGAAACAGAUCAUGUUGAAGCAAUUUUCUUAACGCUUGCGCAUAAAUUAAAGAAUGCAAAACCUAUGAUGCAGCCUAUUCUUCAACGGCAGCUUACAGAUGAAAACAGACGAUCUAGAGUUAUCACAGUACGAUCAAAAGAAAACAGUACAUCAAGUAAAUAUACUUCUCUAGAAAAUGAUUCGGAAUCAUUGUGUGCAUGUUAAUUGUGAAAGAUGUAAAUAUUUAGAUGUCUAAAAUAUCUGUGUUUAAGAAAAUUAUUGGUAUUCUAAAUGUAUUUAUUAUCUGAUGUCAUUUUGAAGGUAUGUAAUGCAUCUCAAAUAAUUCUAAUAUAAAAUAAAUAUUUCAGUUUAAUUAAGAAACACAAAAUGUGAAUAUUAAUUU